CUGCACGAUUCAAAACAAAGUUGGCGCUGAGCUUCGCGAAAUAAGAAGGUCAAAUUAGAACAGAGCAAACGGGGGCAGAGAGAGAGUGUGUUGUUCAAUCACAAUGGUCACUAUGAUCCGCUGCUGCACCACCUGAAGAGGGCGACGAGUUGGUGUUGGAGCCUACUAGGAUCUGUUCGAAGGCGUCGACGACGCAGCAUCCGCCUUCUAAUCAAUUAUCAGCCGAGUGGAGAGUGGUGUCAAUUACGGUGCGGUUUGUCCCGUCGCGUCGCGAAAUUACAGUUACUUUCGGAAACCAGCCCCCGGUUGACAAAACCGGAUAGAUUGGUUUUGUCCGCAACCCACAGAGCACACACACAAACGCGGUCACACAAACGUCGCUCGAAAAUGUCAUCCGGAGGUGGAAACCAGCAGCUGACGGCGGACCGCGAGUUCCGGUACAUCGUGCAGUGGUUCAGCGAGUGGAGCGACUUCCAGCGGGAGGACUUUGUGCCGGUGCUGGCGUCGUACCUGGCCGGUGGAACCGGAGCGGGCGGAGCGACCAAAACUCCCUACGUCAAUGGGAUCAUCGGCGGAAUGGCCAACCUGAGCGGGCAGGACAAACCGAUGAGCUUGUUUCAGUGUAGGGUCAAACUGUUCAACGACUGGUCCGCCAAAUGGCCCGAAUCGCAGCGCGAAAAGCUUCUCGAGCGGCUCACCGAACUGGACGCGGACUUUGGCCAGCACGUGCAGCGCGAGCUAUCCGGCGAGCCGGCACCAUCCCCGCAGAUUCCCUCCACCGACAGCGACUCCGCCUACCCGGAAGAGGAUUUUGGCGAUCCGGGUUCGGCCCUCAACGAAAACAGCACCUACUAUCAGCAGCAGCAGCAACAGCAGUACCACCAUCACCAAGAGGAAUCUCACAUUAGUCCCGAACCCACCACCACCGUCACAGUCGUUCCGGCCACGAUCGCUCUGGUCAUCGCGGAGGACUAGGCUCACUUUGAGUAGUAGUGAAUAAACAUAUUUAUUUUGCCACUAAAAUAGCAUUCCAGCUGGCGGCAUGACACGACAGACGCAGCUAAAAAAUAUAUAUUUAAUGAAUAAUUUAUUGCAUUCGAUUAGCGCAGCUUAAUCCACCUUACGAGUAAAGUUUAUUCCCCUGAAAGGACAGCAAAUCAAAACAAAAGAAUGAAACUGAAAUUUAGAAGGCGACGAUAUCACGCAUCGUGGAAGGUAGAGGGAGCGAGGAAACAAUUAUAAAUGUGUAAGAAUAAGUACUAUUUAUCGCGCGUUGGUAGUUGUUAAGAAUUUAAAGAAAGCAAUUAAAAAUUUGCCAUACUGACAAGAAGAAAAAUCUCAAUUUUAACUAGAGCGACUGCAUGAGGAAGAGGAGCGUUGGGUUUAACCCUGUCCUCGAGCCACAUUCCUCACGGAAGGAGGUGAAACACAAGAGUAGAAACCUUAAGACAAAAAAAAACUUAUUUUAAAAAAGGUAGUUGAAGCACGUAUGCAGCUGCUGCAUAAGUCAUAAAACAACAGAAACAACAAAAAGAUAAAACAUUCCUAUGUCAAUGAUUGCUAUAACUAAAGUGUAAACGAGUGAGGAAAUUUGAAUCAUGAAAUAAACCCCGUUCAAAUAUACUA